AUGGGAUCAUCAUCUUUACAAAUCUCUGCAUUGCUUCUGGCUUUGGCGGGGCUCAUCAUUUUACUUGUUGCAACUGUGUCCAACAAAUGGAAAAUUUCCAGCACUGCAACAGCAGUUAUUACUGCAAACUGGAUUUACGAAGGCCUCUGGAUGAACUGUGCAGCUACUGCCUUGGGUUCGGUUCAGUGCAAGAAAUUUUUCUCCUUGCUGAGUUUAGACACUUACAUACAAGCAUGUCGUGCCCUGAUGAUCAUUUCCAUCGUCUUGGGUCUCUUGGCUACUGUGCUGUCAUUGUUUGGUUUAAAGUGCACACAAGUUGGGAUGAGUAAUGAAAACACAAAAGUAAAGAUUUCUGUAACGGGGGGAGCGAUCUUCAUUUUAGCAGGACUCUCUUCCAUGGUGGCUGUUUCUUGGUAUGCUGCAAGGAUUACUGCUCAGUUUUUUGACCCACUGUAUGGUGGAACGAAGUAUGAACUAGGAGAUGCACUGUACUUAGGCUGGGCUGGAUCGAUUCUGUCUAUGCUUGGUGGGAUCUUCUUGACUUGUUCAUGCAAAGGGGGAAAAAGAGGAAAGCACAGCGACCGCAAGUAUGACUACUCCGCUGGCCAGGCAGCUCAUCAGCCACGCAUUUACACCAAAAAUUCGGAUACAGUCAGAACAGCCAAAGAUUAUGUGUAA